GCACUGCGCAGCGUGGUUGCCCGGAUCGCCUCUUGGCCGCCCGGCUGCAAAGGUCCCUCCUGGCCAAGGAGCCCCUCUGGACUGCUCCAGACGGAGCGCGCAGGCAGCUCGCCUUCCCCGGCGCCUGGGACUGCAAUGAAAUUUGAAGAGACCAGAUUUGAGAUUUGUCGGCAUCUUGCACUGCAGGCAAAGCAAAAGCUUUAAAUUCUCCUCUUUGAAGACCUCAGACUGAUCAGUUGUCAAGAUGACCAUCUACUGGAAAACUUGUGUCUUUGCAGUUAUGUUGCUUUCUGUGGCCACUACAAUGCAUUCAGACUGUUUCAUCAAGAAGGAGCAAGAAGCCUGCUUGGAGUCCAUCCGGAAGUUCACUGCCUUAAUCCCACUGAAUGAAUCCUCUCCAGGAUGCGCAGGGAUGUGGGAUAACCUCACCUGUUGGAAACCUGCCUUUGUAGGUGAGGUUGUCAUUGUCAGAUGCCCAGCGCUCUUCACGGUGGUUAACUUCAAAGAUGGCUGGGAUGUGAACAGUAAGGCCUAUGCUCAGCCAGGAGAGUUUGAACUACUGGACGACUCAGACCAGAUUCUAGGCGACCCUUCAACUCUAAACGUCGUCAGCAGGAAUUGCACUGAGGAAGGCUGGUCCGAAACGUACCCUCAUUACUUCGAUGCCUGUGGAUUUUAUGAGAAUGAAAACGUGACUGAUGGCCAGGAUUACUACUACCUCUCAGUAAAGGCAUUGUACACAGUUGGCUACAGCACGUCCCUUGUUUCACUCACCACAGCGAUGGUCAUCUUGUGUCGUUUCAGGAAACUGCACUGUACACGGAACUUUAUCCACAUGAAUCUCUUUGUUUCCUUUAUUCUACGAGCCAUAUCGGUCUUCAUUAAGGAUGGAAUUCUGUAUGCUGAACAGGACAGCAACCACUGUUUUAUCUCAACGGUGGAAUGCAAAGCAGUCAUGGUCUUUUUCCACUACUGUGUGAUGUCCAACUAUUUCUGGCUCUUCAUUGAGGGCCUCUACCUUUUCACCUUGCUGGUGGAAACCUUCUUUCCAGAGAGGAGAUACUUCUACUGGUAUACAAUCAUUGGCUGGGGAACCCCCACCAUAUGCGUGACUGUCUGGGCUGUCCUGAGGUUACACUUUGACAAUGUUGGCUGCUGGGACAUGAAUGACAACACAGCCUUGUGGUGGGUGAUCAAAGGCCCAGUCAUUGCAUCAAUAAUGAUCAACUUUUUGCUUUUUAUUGGCAUCAUCAUCAUAUUGGUGCAGAAGCUUCAGUCGCCUGAUAUUGGAGGCAACGAAUCCAGCAUUUACUUCAGCUGCGUUCAGAAAUGCUACUGUAAAUCCAGCAGGGCUAACCAGCACUCUUGCAGGAUGUCAGAACUAUCCGCCAUUACCCUGAGACUGGCCCGCUCGACCUUGCUGCUUAUCCCGCUGUUUGGAAUUCACUACACAGUCUUUGCCUUCUAUCCCGAGAAUGUCAGCAAGAGGGAGAGGCUAGUAUUUGAACUAGGGCUGGGAUCUUUCCAGGGCUUUGUUGUGGCUGUUCUCUACUGCUUCCUGAAUGGUGAGUUUCUCCCUCAAGGUGCAAUCAGAAAUAAAGAGAAAAUGGAGGAGCUGGAAAGUCAACCGAUACUUUGCUGUGGAUUUCAAACACCGCCAUCCCUCCCUGGCAAGCAGCGGCGUGAACGGGGGGACACAAUUGUCCAUUCUGAGCAAGAGCAGCUCACAGAUUCGAAUGUCGAGCAUAAAUGCGGAAAACCUGGCGACAUGAGUCCAUAAGAACAACCCCCCCCCCCGAGGAAAAGCUUUCUUGAAAACAAAAAGAUAUAAUUUUGGUGGUGUGGGUUGUGUGCGUGCUGCGUGUGUGUGUGUGUGUGUGUGUGUUUUAAAACCCACCUCCCUUUUACUAAAAAAACAAACCAACCAAGACCAUUCUGGAUGCAUGAAGCACAUCAUCUCUGAUGUGAGGAAGAGAAGGAAUCAGAAAGUAUUGUAAAUACCCAGCUGAGCUCAUCAAAAGAAAAAGAAAUCCAACACACACAUCUUCCCAGCCAGCUGAUAAUAACCCCGUUGUUGGCCUUGCCUUUCUAGUGAUAACUGUGCCAUCGUGAAUUUUGGUUGCCAAGCUGAUAUCUGUGAAUGGACAUCCCAUGGGUCUCUCUCUCUCUUUCUCUCUCUCUCUCUCUCUCUCUCUCUCUCUCUCGUCAUUUCAAACAUAUCUGCUCCCUCCAUCUUGGACUAUUCUAAAUGUCUAACUUGGAACAUUAACCUAAAUGCUUAGGUUGAUACAAUACCAGCCUCUACAAUGGAAUUAUUGGAUUCUACCAGGAGCAGCCAAGCAUGAGAGCAUCUAUUGAGGGUGUAUCGGACAGCAUCAAUGGUGCCAUUCAACAGAUGGAAAAUCCAAGCAACAAAGCUGCAGUCACAGUGUUUUUCUUACCCUCGAAUGUAUUAGAAAGUUUUACAUUAAACUGUGAAUUUUCUAAAAGGGCCAUCCCAGUUAUGAUAGAGCUAUAUUUUUGAGGUUGACGGGUUGUUGUAUUUUUUAAAAAGCAAAAAUAACAUGGAAGAAAAAGCUAUAUAUUUUUUGCCCUCACAUUAAGCAUAGAUGAAUUUCAGGAAUGUAACUUCUGGACUAUACAUAUGACCCCUUUCAUUGAUGCAUAUCCACAGAAAGCAGGAUGUAACUGGUGAUCGUGACCCAACAUGGCUGGCGUUCAUUGGGUAUCACACAGUGUGUUGCCUUCCUCAAGCUGAGGUUCACACCAAAAGGGCUAGGUUGAACAUUCUGUGGAUUAUGUAGCGAAUGCAGGGGAAACCCUUGUGGUGGAUCUCAGAAGCUCCAAUGCUGUUAGCAUCUGUGGACAAUCUGAUGCUGCAUCAGAGAAUUUUAAAGACUUUGGAACAAGGUAAUUUGCAUUUGGAUCCAGGCACCUUUUUCUGUUGUUUAUUUUGUUUAAUCACAAAUAAAAUCAGCAAUGCCUUUGAUUUAGGGCUGGAAGAAGGAGGAAGGUCCUUUUCGAUUCCAGCUUAUAGUCAGAACCACAACUGAUACCGAACUACUUCAGCCGAAUUAAAAUGAUGAUGUCAAUUUUCAGGAGUCUUUGUGCAAUGCAUGAAGUCUCCAAAGGACUCUUUAUUGUUCCACUGUGGAUUGUAUGAGCCUGUCUCGAUGUUUAAAAAUCACCUCUAAUCUAUCUAUGUGAGUGUUUGUGUGUGUACGUCAGAAAGGGGGAAAAUAUUUUGUUAAAUAUUGAGGAAUGAAUGGAAGCCGACGGUGGCUGGGAAAGUUGUGCUGGAAGGGCUGGUUCGUUCUCCUUCAUUUAAAUGAAUGUGCUUUUUAAGAAGUGGCCAUAGCUCUGUGAUGUAGCACGUGCUUUCCAUGCAGAAGGUCCCAGGAUCAAUCACUGGCAUCAUCUCCAGGUAGGGCUGGGAAAGACCCCUGUCUGAAACCUUGGAGAGCUGCUGCCAGUGGCUGUAGACCAAGGGUUCUCCAAAUUGGGUCCCCAGAUGUUGUUGGACUAGUACUCCCAUCAUCCCCAGCUUCAGUGCCCAAAGACCAUUAUUAUAGUCCAAGAGUAUCUAGAGACUCAACUUUGAGAGCCCCUGGUGUGCAUAAUACUGAGUUAGAUGUACUAAUGGUCUGAUUCAGUAUAAAGAAGCUUCAACAUACAUGUUCAGAUUGUGAUAUUGUGCAUCUGGGUCUCCAUGGCAAGACUUCUGUUUCAAAAUUGUGGAAUGAUUGGAAACUGUGCCUACAUCUCUGUGUUAAAAGGCUCAUAUCUCAUAGUGUGUUUAAACCAAACUGAUGUUUUUCAGCUUCAACGCACACAUUAUUCACCCUCAUAUCAGCUCUAAUGUGCAUGCAGGGACUCCAGUGAACAUGGUUGUGCAUAAGAUGUGGGACAGAAGGUCCAGUGCAGCCCACUGGCCAAGUCACAUAUGGUGGUCCACCAGUUGGUCAGCAACUCUCUCCCUAUGUUUGCAGUCUGUCUCUGGUGGCAGAAAGAGGUCAAGGCCCUGGCAGGCUGCCAUAUUUGGCUGUUGGGCAGCUCUUUGCUUGGCAGGUAGUCAGGCCAGAGUGUGUGGACGCAGCCUCAGUAAACAAGCAGAAAGUAGGGGUACAUGCCGACUGAUGUUCAUGGUCCAGUCCAAAUUUGGACCAGUCUGGGAACUGGUUCAGCACGUUUGGCGGCCAGUCCGAACCUGUUUGGUGGUUCGAGGGCUGGGGAGGGUGCCGCUGAGUGUGUGUGUGAGGCACCUUUAAAAGUGAAUUCGCAGGUCCUUACCAAAGUGCCACUGCUCCAGGUAGCUCCAGGUGCAUCAGUCCCCACCCACCCCCUGGGGACUGGACAGUAGCACAGGAGCACUUUCUAGCACCUUCUUCCCAUGACAUUUUAGGAAAGGAGGGAUCACACAAGAAUUGAGUAGGAUUCCCUGGGAAGAACCACAUAUACAUCAUCUACCAAUCCAGCCAUAGAGACUUAUGUGGUUCUUUCAACGUGAUCUCAGCCCACUGAUGUGGUUCCAUCUUUUUUUAUAUCAUGGGAAGGAGGCACAGAAAAGAAUCUCUCACUCCACCAUUGAUAAAUAUGCAUCGGACCUGAAUGUCAGCUCUUCAUCUAAAACUCCCUGCAUUCUUGCUGGGGGGAGACUGUGGGGGACAUCAUGAAAUAGGGCUGAGGUGACCCCAUGAAAGCUGAUCUGUGUAGAGUUAGGGUCAAUGGGGAAAGUCAGAAGGGAAAAGCGGGGGGGGGAUUCUUGAGUGCUGAAUGGAUAUUAAUAAAUGCUUUAUUUAAUAUUGAUUCACACGUGUCGAGCAAUGGAUGCUCUUCUUCAGAGGCGAAUACAUUUCUCAUCUCUCUCUGGGGAUUAUAUCCCACACCUGCAGGAAUAUUCAACAGGGCAAUUGCCAUGAGCCAGUGGAAGAGCAUAUGCAUGGUGUAUAUAAAGCUUUGGAUUCAAUCCCUGGUUAAGAAAGCUUUUCACUAGCCACAGGGUACUCUUCUGUGUGGAAGAUGAAGGGGAGCUGCUGCCAGUCAGCUCAGAAAUAUUGAACUAGGCAGAAGACCAUGGUUUCCAGUAAGGCUCAUCGGGAUCAAGGCUGUGCUCUGUGGCCACUAGUGAAUGUUAGGUCAUUGCAAAAUUGUUGAUCAUUGGGCAUGCUCCUCUUUAUGUGUGGCUGUUUUAACAUCUCUAUGUGCCGAACUGUGAAUCAGAAUAAGUUGCUUCUUUUCAGAUGGAGUGUGUGUGUGUGUGUGUGUGUGUGUGUGUGUGUGUGUGUGUGUGUGUGUGUGUGUGUAAAACCCCAAGUAGUCAAGAUUGCCGCAUUCAUACAGAGUAUUUUGUGCACAGUGAUGCAUGCAUGGACUUGCUCCUUCAUUUUGGUAGAGGGGCCAGUUCCACAAGGGCAAGGCGUCGUGUAGAGGGAGCCAUUCCCUCCAUCUAAGUGAAGUUGGAAGGAAAUCUUGCAAGCAGGGGACUGGCGAAGGUUCAUUGAUUGGACUCCCUGUGACCCAGCAAGGGAUCACUGCAUCAGAAUGUUAGUAUAGAUUUUUGGCUGUAUUUCUGUGAGGUGCCUUUGGUUAUCACGGAACCUGUAGCAACCUUCCUGGGAGUGUAAAAAGACUCAAUCUGUAACUAUCAAUUGAGCGAGUUUCUACAAUUGCACUAAAUCACCAAGCAUCCGUUCAGAAAUCUGAUUCCACAGCCAUCUGUUGAUCAAAUCUCUGCAGUUGCAUUGGUGUCGAUGGAAAAUUUUGCUAGGAUUCCACGCCUGCCUUUGUAGCAAACUGCCAGCACACUGUCAGUAACCAUGGAGAAGAGAGUCAAGUUUCUAUGGCCGUCCAUGGAAGGAAUAGACCAGAUUUCAAUGAGUAUUGAAAGACAAAUCAAUGAGAUUGCAUGCCUGCCUGUGUUAAUGGAGCAAAUGGUUUGAAACCCAUUGAUGCCAGCAGAGGACAUUGCCAUAUCUAAGAAUUUGGCUACAUUUUGCAGCAGCUCAGGAGGGAGAAGCCAGCUCUGCCAGUUCAAAAAAAGCUUCCCAUUGUUCUUACAUACAAGCAAGGCUAGAGAGCACUGGUUCCUCUCCCCACUGCCUUCCCAGGCUCUCCCAAGAAGGAGAAGACCCCAACUUACAACAGUGGCUCCUUCCCAGAUGGAAAGAGCUGGGUGUCUUUGGUGCUGGCUGGGAGUGGGAUUCUGCUCCAGUGUGAACUCUUAAGCUAACAGUCUUUCCUAACAAUUGAGAGAGAGAGAGGAGCUGGGAAGAUUGGCAGCUUAAGAGAGAACACCAGAAGUGGAUCCCACACUAGGCUAGCAACUGCAACAUGACUUUUCAUCCAGAUACUUCUGUGAGUUUACUGGGCUGGUCCUCUCUUCUUCCUGGGAGAGCAGGAAAGGAAAGGCCCAGCUUGAUCCUCUCUUAGCUCCUUCUUCCUGUAGUGCUGGAGACCUUCAGGAUUCCAAGCAACCAGAGUUGGCUGUUUCACUUGUGAGUCACCAUAACUUCUGGCCAGGUUCUAAGUAGCACUUUCCCAAGGACCUACCAGCAUCAGUACCGCAAAGGGGCAAGGUUCUUUUGAUGCCCAUGGAAAAAGCUCAAUGAGUGUCACAUUGAUUGACACCAGUGACCAGCCUAUUUCUAGGUCUUGAAUUGUAAAGGAAGGUCAUAUGACACCAGUUGCCCCAAAGAAGAAUUUUGUAUCAUUUUAUGGAGACGGCUCAGCAAGGGCUUAGCAGACUUUCAGAAGGAAGGGAACUGCUGGAAAGCACUUUCUGAUAGCACGGCAUCCCUGAUAGUCAACAUAAUUCAAGGCCUCCAAAGAGAAGAUACUGCUCAUUGGUUGCAGGGAAAACUGUGGAAUCCUGGCCACUGACGCAUUCCAAAAUUGGAACCCAGGCAGCAGUGAGGAGCAUGGGUUGUUAGCCAGCUUCAUCAGCACCCUGGACAGUGUGCUGUGGGCUCUGAAACCUAUAUUAAGGAUCACCAUCAUGACCUAGACCAGAAAGUUGAUAAUCUGGAAUGCCACUGAAGUACUACUCAGAACCCUAUGGAGGGUGGAAAUACUGUGGCACUUAGUUGCCACUCCACUCCCCACUGGACAUUGGCUGUCAGAUGCAUUGUUUUAGUUUUUACAUAAAGGCAGCCAUCCAUGGGGCUGGGGGGCUUCAGAUUUUAUCAGAGCAGGGGUACAGAGUGGGGAACAUAGGAACCUGCCCUUUACCGAGUCAGACCAUUGGUCCAUCUAGUUCAGUAUUGUCUACACAGACAGGCAGCGGCAUCUCCAAAGUCUCUCAGCCCUAACCUGGAGAUGCCAGGGAUGGAACUUGGACUCUUCUGCAUGUAAGCAUGCAGGUGCUCUUCCCAGAGUGGUCCCAUCCCCUUAGGGGAAUACCUUACAGUGCUUACACUUCUAGUCUCUCAUUUGAAUGCAAGCCAGACUGGACCCUCCUUAACAAAGGGGACAACUCAUGUUUGCUACUACAAGACCAGCUCUCCUCCUGAACUUCUUCCUGUAGGCCAUUUUUCUGAGUCACCCUGCUGCAUUUUCUGUAGGGGAAAAGAUACAUGGACCCAGUAACUUUUUCUUGGAAGGUAGAAAAGUAUCUGGGCGUGGUUUUGAUGGAAGAAAAUUGCCCGGAAGCAAUGGGUUAAACAUAUCCCCCAUUCUGUUGUUCCAACUGAAUUCUGCCCCAUUCCCAUGGCUUCAAAAAAGUUAAAACAAUAAACAUUGGGAGACCCUCUACAUGUCUCCUGCAUCAUGUCCAAUUUGACUGUCAAUUAAAGGAGUUGCACUCAUUUACAAGUCCUGCAAUACUGAUAGUUUUCCUGCCUCCUCCGGGACUGAUGAGGGAAGGACACCCAGACCGGAAGGGAUUUGGGGGAAGAAGACAUUGAUAUUUCCUGCACUUAGACAGUUGGACUAGAAUACUUCCAAGAUCCCUUCCAACUCUACUAUUCUAUGAUCUGAGGAUAUCAGCAAGGGGACACAGUUGGGAACAAGGGAUGGAGGAAGCACAGCUCCAGAAGUGUGUUCUUCCUCCACAUCUAUGGAGGCCAAUUCAUGCAGAAUUCCAAAAUGACAGCUUCCAUAGAUUAUCUUGGGUUGGGGGGGUGGGGGCGCUAAGGGCCCUUGGUGGCCAAGGAGCCCUCUGAUGUAGAAGGUAAUGGAUCCUGACCCAUGGCAAUAAAGUCAAACAAAUCAAAGUCUUUGCUCAAUAGACAAAGAGGGAAACUUCAGUUUCCAAGGCCAAUGCAUUUCACCACUCUCAACUGGGCUUUAACAGAUAUAUGAGGGUGCUCAAUCUCUCCUGUAUGUUAUAAUCCCGACUCUCAAGAUGUUUUGUUACAAUCCUACGCAUCCUUACUUGAGACUAAGCCCAAGUAGGACUUACUUCUGAGUAAACAUGCAUAGGAUUGGGCUGUCUGGUAUUCCUGUUAUUCCCAUGGUGCAGGGUGUUUGGAAUGUCGUGCCACAGGUGAACAAAGCCACUUACAGUUCUGUCUGAAUGCUGUUUCUCGUGAGUCCAUUGCACAAAGGUACUCCCUCAUGAGUAACUUUACAUUGAAUGUAAACUUUUUUUAAAAGCAAAUGAUUUGAGUGGACAGGACACAGGCACUAUUUGGGGAGAUAAUGCUCACAUGUAAGCCUUUGAGAUUAGAACCCCAAAGGCAGAAUCCCUUCUGAAGCUGUUGUAAAUAUCUCGUUCGCUUUUAAACAGUGCUGUUUCUUUUUCCCCUGUGAGAUAUAUUUUGAAGUUUGAGAAUAUAUGUUAUUAAAAACAAAACGUAAUAAUAAAAAUAUUGUUGUGACACA